AUGUUCGCCAUGUCCAGAACUCGUCUCCCCCAGUCCAUCACAGGAAGGUCGGCCGCGGCCGUUACUUUACUAGGCGUUGGAGCUUAUUUUGCCCAAUCGCGUCUUAUAUCAACUGCCAAUGCAGAGUCAAACGAGCCUCCCAAAGUCUUCUCAGGAUUUGGAUUUACCACCUUGCGUCUGCAAAGCACGAAAGAUAUAAACCACAACACGAAACGCCUCGUCUUCGAGUUUCCAGACCAGAACGCCACAAGCGGAUUGUCAUUAACUUCGGCGCUCCUCACCAUAUCCCGUCCUGAAGGGCGCUGGUUCCCCGUACUACGCCCAUACACACCCAUCAGCGAUCUAAACCAAGAAGGCCAGAUCGAGCUCAUGGUCAAAAAAUACCCCAACGGCAAAGCGAGCUCCCACAUCCACUCCCUCGUCCCAGGAGACACCCUCACAUUCGCAGCGGCAAUCAAAGGACACGCCUGGACACCGAACCAAUCUCCGCAGAUCUACCUCAUAGCAGGCGGCGCCGGUAUCACACCAGUCUACCAGCUGGCGCAGGGUAUUCUCAAUAAUCCAGCCGACAAAACUAAAAUCAACCUCGUGUUCGGUGUCAAUACCGAGCAGGACCUGCUUCUACGGGAAGAGCUGGAGAGCUUUAAGACGCGCUUCCCGGAUCGCUUUGACUAUGUCUACACAGUUAGUCAUCCGCAGGGACAGCAUGAUGGGUUCAAGAAGGGAUAUGUUACUGAGGAGCUGUUGCGGGAUGUUGUGAGAGCCGAUGGCGAUACGAAGGUCUUUGUUUGUGGACCUCCUGCUAUGGAGGAUUCGUUGGUUGGAACGAGAUCCCAAGCGGGUAUUUUGACUCGACUUGGGUUUGCGAAGGAUCAGAUUGUCAGAUUUUAG